AUGUCUGAUCCAUCCUUUCAGCAAAACUUAGUUGUUGAAGAUGAGCCUAUUCAGGAUUCAUCCUUUCGGGGAAACGCAGCUGUUGAAAGUAUUCCUACUCCGGAACCACCGAUAGCAAAGACUCAAAAACCUCAUGUCGAGCCCGUCCAACAUCUAUGCAGUGCAGCUAAUUCUACAGCAACAAGCUUGAUAUACUGGGAGAAUCCAUUGCAUUCAGUCGUCGUUCUCGCACUUGGUCUCGCCGCUUGCAGUCUGUUUUAUUACUAUUCUGUUUCGAGUAUAUACGCGGCAGUUGCAUUUUUUGUUCUAUUUGGCAAUUGGUUAUACGUUCUCGGAUACAAACAGCUGCAACAUCUACUUGGGGGCGAACCAAAGCAUCCUUUCGAGCGUCAUAUUUUAGAGCGUUCAUUCAUCAUACAUAAAGACCUGGUGGAAAAACAUUCGGAU